CACGCCGGCUUUCCCGCCACGCCCCCUUCCUCCCCUGCCCCUGCCUUGACCCCCGCCGCCCCCCACGAGGCUGGCCAACCCCCGCGUCGCCCCCUGAGCACCCUCGAGGCACCAAAACACUCCCCAAGGGAAGGAACACAACUGGUCUGCCCCAACCCGCCUAUCCCGACUCUCCUCGACUUACGCUGGUGACUCCGUGAGUACCUAACGACACCUGGCGGCCUGCGCACCUCACUACGCGACGGGAAGCCCACGCCACGCUGACGGGACGGACCGAGAGGACACACCGCAGCGGGAAGACGCCGCGCACACACCAGGAGCAGCACCAACAGGAACAGCAGUAACAUAACACCCGUAGCAGCAGGAACAGUUUCAAGAAGGAGAGCAACAGUGAAAUCAUCGGUAAAGACGACACUAAAUGGCAGGAAUGGCUUCAAGUAUCAUAUCAAAAGUAACCUCAACAUUUAAGAUAGUAGUAACAUCGUUCGAAGUGGCCGCUACAGAGGAAUGCUUGCUCCUGCUGUGACCUACUGCUGUGAGGGGUUAACAACACUGUCCUUCUCCUGUUGCACGAUGCAUGACGUGCCCGCAGUGCAGCUCAACAUCCAAUUUUCCUCCAUGAUUCCUUUGCGUGUUCAUUAGCUUGAGUGACCUUGACGCCGUAUUCGUGUUCGUGUGUUUCGUAGGUUCUUCUUGUGACUUCUAUAAACUUUCUUGUGGCUUCAGACGACAGGCUAAGACACCAAACCAUUCUUUUCGCUGUGACUUUUUGUGGAGAUUCACCAAGGCAUCUUUCUGUGACGUAUUUAAUAACUUAAUGGUGACUUCAGCGAGCGAAAUGUUUUAGUGGAGAAUCUACAAGGAGAAUCGUCAAGUGAAAGCAUCAAACCUACCUUCAACUGAUCCCUUUAGUGAGACAUUCUGUAAGCUGAUGCGGGCAAGAUAUUUUCUCGAAAAUCGACAAGCGAAAACAUCAAAAGCUCGACUGCUUUCUCGCGUGAGGCCUUCAGUAACUUGAUGGCAGCAGCAGCGAGUAAGAUCUUUUAGUGAAGAAUCAAGCAUAUCCUUCAAACUCUCAACUUCACGUGCGAACUCCAGGAACUAGAUGGUAGCCUCAGCGAGCGAGACCCUCUUCCUGCGUGCUCCCAUGGCUUGGUAAUGUCCAGUCCCAGCCGCCGUCACCCUCACCUCCGCCUUCACCGCCGCCGCCGAGCCGCCUGAGUGCUUAGAACGAGCCGAGGUUGGGUGAGGCUGAACUGAGGGCGGGGCACCAUGUGUGAAGUGGAAGGCUGCUGCUGCCUCACGCUGCGCCAGGGCUGUGUACUCAUCGGCGGCAUCACGAUCAUGGUGAGCCUGGUGCAGACGCUCAUCUUCUCGUGGGUGCUUGUGGAGACCUACCACUCCAGCCAGUCCUCCGCCCUCAGCUCCUCCUCGACGGACAACUCCUCGGAAUCAGCCUCUUUCUCCUACUCCUUCCCCUCCCUCUCCUGUCCCCCCGGCUUCUUCCUCGUUAAGAGCUCUUCAUCCUCAUCUUCGUCAUCGUCGUCGUCGUCCUCCUCCUCCUCCUCCUCCUCCUCCUCCUCCUCCUCCUCCUCCUCCUCCUCCUCUUCUACCUCCUCCUCCUCUUCUACCUCCUCCUCCUCCUUCCCCUUCUCCUCUACUUCCUCCUCGCCUUCAGAAGAGUCACUCGUGGAUAUCAACACGACCACAGUGAUUAACGACACCAGCACGCCGGCCUCCCCGCUCACGAUGCAGCUAAGGCCCCAGAGCGACGAAGACGACAAGACGACACAGUCCCCGCCGCCUGCCACGUCGACCCCCUCGGCCUUCAAUGCCACAAAUUCCCUGGAGAGCGACGCCACGCCCCUGCUGGCUUCCGCGACGCCUACCUCGGGGGACGGCAACGAGUCCCUUUGGUCGUCAAGCGCAACACCCCUCGACGACGCUAACGUCACCAGGUCUGCCCCCGCGGAGGCGAACGUCACGAAGAGCACGCCGAGGAUCAAUUGUGGCGCCCCAGGUCAGGGCGUGCUGUGGUCCCUGGUGGUGGCCUCUGCCCUCUACUCCUUGGUGGGGGGACUCCUGGUCGUGGCGGUGCUUAACUACGUGUCGUGGCAGCUCUCCAUCUGGUUCUUCUACACAGUGGGCUACGACCUCUUUAUGCUGAUCGUGGCCAUGACGGACGGCGUGUACACAAGCUUCUCCGAUAUCUCCAGCUACGUGGUGUGCCUCGUCACCACCUACUGCGUCAUUGUGGUCGACUCCUACUAUGAAAAGCUGCUGCACGACGAGCGAGUGGACAAGGCCAGCGGAGGGAGUCGUCGUCGGUCCAGCCUAGUCAUCGUCCGGUCGUCCCCUGACUCCCCCACCUCCCAACACGACUACAUCCCCCCCACCUCCUACACCCUCAACUCCCAUAACACCCUCGCGCCCCCGCCCGUGAGUCUGGCACCGCCGCAGACCACCACGGCAGUCCGCUACCAUGCCCUGCCCGCCUCCCCCACCAAGGAGCCGCUGCCGCAUAAGAACCACCGCCGCCACCACCACCACCACGUCUACGAAAACAACAUAUAGAGACCCCCACGGCGAGGACUCAACUUGCGUGUGUCUCCCUGAAUGGACGAAGAGGACGGAGGAGUGUGUUUGGUGGCUGCGAGGACGAGUGAGGGACGGAGCGGGACUUGCGUACCUCAGAGGGACUUUUGGAGACUCCAGAGGGGGACCAAAGCAACUCUUAUUUUUGCUAGACAUUUUUUGCAACCCUUCCUUCCUUCCCUUACUUCUCCGCCAUCAGGCCAUCCUCUCCCUACAUCCUAUACGCACCACACCCAGCUGUCAUCCUGUAGGCAAGGUCACAACUGAGCUCUGAGGCCGAGGUCCUCACAUUCAGUCCUUUUAGCCAUCCCUCGCCCCGCCAACCCAAUCACCAUCUAUUUAGCGCCACCAGUGCCCAUGCAGGCGAGGCUCCUCAGGUAAAUAACGACGCUCACUGUGCUCAAGAAUGCGCCUCACACACACGCCGAACUCAAAAGGAAGAAACAGACGUAAUAGUGAUCCUUGCUCGGGAGAUGAUGUAAGGACUUCACCAACACUUGCAAGACCAAAGGCUUGCCGAGUGAGCCGGAGUUGAGGCUUCGUGGAGUCUUCCAGAGACACUCAACGGUGUGAUGAUGAAAUGCUACAAAAGUAAACAAAAAAAGAGAUACGGACGGCGCUGUGAAGGUGGAAGAGGCUCUCUUAGUGUGGGAAAAACUAAGGAGUCUGACUCAAACCUUGACUAACUAGGCGAGUGCAAGCGUGGUGCAGCAGUAACUCGGAAAAUUGUCCUUGCUUUGCCAGGUUCUGCCCAACAACCCCAUGACACGAACCGAUGGAUCAGUCACGGAAUGACUUGUUUAUGAUUUUGCUUCUCGAAGCACCAAUGUUAAGACUAAACCACUCUCUUCUUUUAUUUUUUUGUCUUCAGAAUGACGAUGGUCUGUGGAUCUGCUUUGUAUAGCGACUAUAUGUAUAAAUUUCGCGAAUUAUUUUAUCUGAUUUAACUUUGUUUUCCAAAGUGGUGGUGAUUGUGUGUGUGUGUGUGUGUGUGUGUGUGUGUGUGUGUGUGUGAGAGAGAGAGAGAGAGAGAGAGAGAGAGAGAGAGAGAGAGAGAGAGAGAGAGAGAGAGAGAGAGAGAGAGAGAGAGUUUACCUGUUCAAUGGAUACUUCAUCGAGGCCGUGGGGGGUGAAGACAAAGUUACUGCAAGGACAUGUUUGGAGUCACUGACUUCCCUGGCGCCUCGGUUUUCACUCGCUCAAGUGUAGCUUCAAUCAAGGUCUGAAAGAGGUAACGCAACUCUUUAGACCUUGGCUUCUUCAUCAGUGUUUUGCUCACGCGGAACGUAACAAAAGUGUGCUAUUUUAGGCUAGUAUAGAGAUGAUCGCGCGGCCGGCAGGACGGAGGAGUCGUGUUCUAGCGAUGUCGUCCGUCAACAUUUAUACUGAGAGGAGUCGUGCCGCGUGAAUCACUUGUGUUUCCUGUCGUGCUGCAGCGUCGUGUUCCAGCGGUAGUACCACAGCAGCGUCACAGUGUGCCCCGCCAACCCAGCACAAAACAGCAGCUUUAUGUUCACAGCAAGGCCAGAGGGUCACGGUGGUCUCGCACAGCGCGAGCCGUCACAACUCGUGUACCGGAAAAGUAAUUGUUGAUGUGCUGUGCUGAGCCACGUGACACAGCAACAGUCACAGUCCCGGGAGGCCUAACGUUUGAGACACCAACAGCUGCCCUCUCAGGCACGGCACCAUUUUUUAAUUAACCUGAGCGCUGCCUUCAUGGUGUCAUUUGUCACACCAUCUAUACUCUAGCUGGCUCUCGAAGACGCAUCAUUCAGUUAUGUGACGAAGAGACUGGCUCAGAGCAACAAGACCUGUGACAAUACGGUAUAUGGUACUCAAUAAAAAGCGUUAAUUUUACUAAGACGUGGACCCGCCUUUAAGUGAUGUAAUAUUAAAUUUCGUGCCGCCAGCGGAGCCUGUCGAACGUAGCCUGUGUGUACCUCUCCGGGACGGUUCUCAAUAAGUGAAACAUUUGCGCCACGAGCUCUUUAUAAGGAACUGAUUAGUCGGUCGUCGUUAGAGUGGCCGUAAGGAAGGCGUAUUUACGGUCACACCUCAUGCUAACGGCCUUGUAUCGUUUUAUAACAAUUGUGUAUCGUGAGAAAACUUUUACCACGUGUGAUGCUAGGAAUGCCUCCAUCUCUAGCUGUUGUAGCAUUUGUAACGUUACUGUAGUGUGUUGCAGAAUUUGUAACACAGCAGUCGUGGAAUUUUAACAUUUAUAACGCCAUAACACUAUAUAUUCUAUAAAGUAUCAUUUAUAUGACGACAGAAAGAUAUAGACAUUCCAAAUAUUUAUAACGCUACAAUCUUGUACGGCAACAUUUAUAAGGCCCAUAAUUCUUGCACACCUUAACGUUUGUGAUGCGACACUCCUAUGAGCGUGUGCUACAUACUUCUAUUAACAUAUGUAUUUUAAAAUCCGUACCCAUAGGUUUCAUCAUAUUAUAAACACGAUUACUUGUACUAUUUCAGAAAACUCAACCCCUCAAACCCCUAACAUUUGAAAACACUUCAGCCCAGCUCCAGGGCUUUUAACAUUAGUAAAGCUCAUCCGCUCAGAGGAGCGAGACGUGAUACAUUUAUAUCCCGUCAGCACAGGGAGGCAAGCAGCAGGUGGGGCUCGUGAGGCCGCAGGGUGCCUGGCCCGUAGUGCUCCAGGCGACUCCUAAUCAAAAUCAAUUAAUAAAAAAAACAAAAAACGGUGGGAGAAGGGAGGGAAUAAGAGAAUUAGGAAAGAGCGAAAACUAUUGUUCUACUUUCUUCUCAUCUCUUUGGCAUACGAACAGAGGGAGAGAGAGAAAGAAAAAGCUAGAAAAAAUAGUUCUGGUAUUAUUAGGGCCUUACUGUGGCAAGGGAGGCAGAACAAGGAAGACGAGAAUCACUGAAGGGGAGAAAUAUGUUCAUUGUUCAGUAGAUGCUUUUACGCCUCCUUUCACCACUAAAUGGCGGUGCUUGUGUAUUCAACUUCACUGAUAAAAAAAAAAUCAAAGUAUCUGGAGCAUACCUAAGAAGAGGGAGGCUGGAUAAUAAAAGAUAUGUGAAGAAUUAGCAGGGAGAGAAAGACCAUAUUGCUACAGAUGUUAUUUACCUUGUUCGAUUGCCCUAUAUAUCAAAUUUCACGAAUAGAUGGCAGUGCUUACGCGCGGUGCCAUACUUCAAUGAUAAAGUAAAUAUAAAUUUUUCUUCUGCUGUAAUUAUAGAGAGAGCGUAUAUAUGUAUGUCUCUAUAUUCACUUGUUUGCGUACUAUAACUGCCUCUUUCUACUUGUACUUGGAGGGUUCAACUCAGGUUCUUCCCUAUAGUUUUCGAGUGAGGUACAAACAGACGCAUAAACAAUAAUCAAACGCAACACCAAACUCCGCCGUAAAGUGAUACGAUUGAAACGGAAUCAAAGGAUUUUUAGAAUAUAUUAAAUGUGUGAUCGAAACUUAUGAUGCCUAUUGCAUACUACAUUUGUGACCUCGUGUCUUUUAAACCGCAGUACGUAUGUAUUCAAGAAUAAAGAAAAUAUAUAUCUUUAACGAAUCUUGGUGAAUCUAUUCUUUAUUUCUUCUCCUUGAAAACAAAAAAAACAUAAUACUUGGACAUGGAGUGGAAGAAAUCGACAGUUUUGCUCACUUCUGUAGAAAAUAUGUUAGGAUUCAAUGUGGAGCUAAAACAAUCAAACAGUACUUCUCUCUCUCUCUCUCUCUCUCUCUCUCUCUCUCUCUCUCU